UCACACUGAAAGACAUAGAAAUACCAGAAAGACACAGAUUUGCGCGUCCAUUAGAAAAACAACCAAAAUAAGAAACAAAGAAAAAACAAACUCGUAAUCCCCAACGAAUUACGCAAAAAGUAAAAAUGGAUAGGCCAUUCAGUGGAGCGGCUGUUGGAGCUCAGCCAAUAAAUAAUGCAGAUACAGAUGAACUAUUGGACCCGGUGCUUUUUUCAAACUCUACCAGCGGCUAUAAAUUGAAAACUGUGCCUGCAUUUAGCCUUCAUUUGUUCAUCUCGACUGCAAUUUCCGCUGUGGGCGUUGCACUGGCUGUUCUGAUGCCAGAGGACAAGCGAUGCGAUGCUUAUUUCAUAAUGCUCUAUCUUCGCGCCACCUUUUGGGUGAUUACAUAUAUCUUUGACCACUUUGUCAAGAAGCAGCAUGAUAAUCUUCGUCUCAGUGGUUUCCACGACUUUCACCGUGAAACGAAUAUGCAAAAGGGCAUUCCCCUGCAAGUGGUUUCGCUGUGGAACUCCAUGUUGUUGGCUGUUCAAGCUUUGAUUCAUCAUUACUAUGGCACUGAUUUCUAUACACACUGUGCAGCCGGUUGGUUAUCGCCUGUGAGUUAUGUGACAGCUUUUACCAUAUCAGAGAAUAUUGUUCUAGCUGCCACACAUGGUUGCUAUAUUGACAAAGUACGCAAAUUCAACAAGGCGAAAUUGGCUCCUGAUGUUCUACGAGGCUCUGACCGUGCCGCUGGCUCUUUGGGCCUCAUGCAACCGGGAAAUACUGCCGAAUUACUGGAAAAGCAGGCCGAUCUCAUUAGCUAUCUGCGCGAUCAUACACACAAAUUGAAUCAAAGAUUGCAUCAAAUGCAAACCUCUGUGCGUUCGACAAGAAUUCCAGAAAUUCACUAAAAAAACGAAAUACUUGUAAAACGUAUUAAUAUAUUAUUAUUCUCUUUUUAUUUAUAACGAAGAAAUGUUCUUCAACUCAAAAUCAAUUGCUUAUACAAUUCAUUAUUCACUUUAAAGAAAGUUGUGUAAAUACAAUGUUUACAAUCAAAGAAAGAUAAUUGGUGUAAACUUCAAUCCUGUAUACGUUGAUUGUGACAAACGUAAAAAUGUUAAUCAAAUAUUAAAUCAAAAACUGUAACUAUUAA